AUGGAGAACAGAUACUGUCCUGAAAACAAUCCAAAGUACCAUUCCUUGUUUAUUAAUUGUGGUGGUGGAGAAACAACUGUUCGUGGGAAUAAAUAUGAUCAAGAUAAUGACACGUCCCUCUCUUACACAAGUCCAAAGAAAAACUGGGCUUACAGCGUUUCUGGAGGCUAUGGUGUCCCAGAAAGUAAUACUAGUAAUUACAUCAGGAGCAUGACAUGUGGAGUUCCCAUUACUGAGGCACCGUUGUAUGAAAAAGCUCGGCUUUCCCCGGUAUCUCUCAAGUAUUAUGCUUUUUGUCUGCGCAAAGGCAAUUACACUGUGACGCUUUAUUUCAAUGAAGUUGUAUACACGAAGAAUGAAGAUUAUACUAAUUUAAGAAAACGUGUAUUUGAUGUAUAUAUUCAGGAUGUGAGGAGACUAAAUUAUGUCAACAUUAGAGAGAAGAAGGGAAGUGAACCAAUAACUGAAAAUAUUUCAGCUGUGGUUGUAAGUGAUAGCGGUCUAUUGAAUAUCCACUUUUACUGGCCUGGAAAGGGAUCGUAUCAAUACCAGCCUAGUUUUAAUGGACCUCUAAUAUCAGCUAUUUCUGUGACUCCUGAGUUCAAAAUUAGUUCCGAUAAAAAUAAUGGUCAACGUGUUGCAUUGAUUACGCUCGCUUCAAUUGUUGCUGCUCUGCCGCUUUCAUUGGCUUUUGCUUGGAAGAUGGGCUGGCUGUCAAGCGAAGAGUUCCGCAGUAAGUCUAUAAGCUGA